GAUUUAGUAUUCAAAGUUUUCAAAAUACAAAUGGCUGAACUGUGUUUGUCUUAUUAUGAAAAUCAUUUUACGCGAUUUUUGUGUGACUUCAACCAAAAUGUGUGCAAUAUUAAUAAAUAAACAAAUAACAUAAUAAAUUUCAUGAAAACUAUUUACUGCAAUACGUGCAUAAUUUAAUGAAAAUGUCUGUCGAAAGGGCUACAGGUAAAGAGAUCGAUAAAAUCAAACGUCGCCAAAAAAAUGACGAUAUUAUUGCAACAGGAUUAUUAAAUGCUGGUGAGGAUACGGUGCGUUUUGCGAAAAUGGAAAUUUUAAAUGAUAAGACGGGUAAACCGACUGAAUUACUACUCCAAGCAACUUCCCAUCUAAUAUCUAGCACAACAAGUAGUUUGGCUGAUACUCCUGGGGAUUCCGGGGUGCAAUGUUUGGAUAGUGAUGCUUCGGAAGCAACGAGUCAGGCUCUUAUGUCUCAUAGCUUAAUCGGGACAGAGGAACUAACGUGCGACAGUAUUUAUGAUGCAGCGCCGUCGGGGUCACAGGAUAUGAUUAAAAGUACGAGUAGUAGUAUAAUGACUCGAAGUGAUAUCGAUAAUCAAAAUAGUGGGGCAAAUGACGAUAUUGUACCAGAACUCCUUGUUGAAACCAACAAAAAACCCUGCUAUGAAAAUCUACCAGAUGUUGUACUUAAGGCUUUAGAAAGUGAAAAAGUUUCAACUGAAGAAAUAAAAAAAUCUGCUCUCAGAACAAGUGAACCAAAAAAAUCUCUAUCAGAAGAUAUUGUGUACAGAAGAAGGUGUAGGAAAAAGUCACAAAGUGGCCCUAGUUCCCAAAAGAAAAGGGUGUCUUUCCAUGAAGAUAUUCUGAAUAAUACAAAAACUGACAAUAUUCAUAUUGAACGUGGAUUUGUUUCAUAUGGCCCUGAUAGUGCAUACUGUGAUAGAUUUAGGCAAAGGAAUAAUGUGAGUGAUAGGUUCUCUUGGGCAUCUGGUGACAGGGCUCCAAAAUAUGCUGCAGAUGUUGCACAACAAACUAUGUCAGACAUCCUCACAUAUGGAGAUAGUAAACAUGACCACAGUGGCAUAUUUGAGUACUGCCAAGACUUUCGAAAGAGCAAUCAAGAAAACAACAAUACAGAAAAUAAUAACAAGGACAAGGACAACAAUAAUGAAACUAGGCCAAAUGGAAAGUUAUAUGGCUGUGAUUCAAAUAGUUCAGACUCCAAUUUCAGCUGUGAUUCUGAAUCCUCAAGCAGUGAAUCUUCAUCUUCAAACUCCAACAAAACUGAAACCCCUGUUAGUAAUAGGAAAUGUGAAAAAACCCAAAAAUCAUACUCUUGUGAUGAAUUUGAAAAUAAUGCUCAUGUAGCUUUCAUGAGAAAAACUUAUUUCUCUGAAGCUGACAUUGAUCAAUCUCAUGAUCGCAGAAAGAAACCUUUAGAGGUACCCCAGAGCCCCAUCACUGUAAAAUCAGUUCUUAAAAAGAAACGAUACAUCACUACUAAUGUUGUUGAAGAAACAAAGGGAAACAGUAAAGUAUUAAAUCUAUUAGAUACCAAUAACAUCAUUGAUUCAUUAAAAAAUUUCUAUAAAAACUUUAACUUUAAUUUUGCACCUGAAAGUGGAUUACCAGAAAAUAGUUUUGAAUUAAACAAUGUCAUUGAAGCUUUACCAUGUGACGUUAACCAAAAUAGAAAACUUUCAAAAAGUCUAGACUCUGGAUUUCAAAUUGAUGAUGAAGAUGAUUUUGUAGAAAUAAACUUUAAUUCACAGUCAUCUGAUGUAGCGAAACAUAAUAUAGUGACACCAAAAACUCCUGUCCGCAAUGAAAGAACUCCGGAGGGAUCUCCGAGGCACAAACUUACUUUAAAUAUGCAGGCUCAAAAUGAUAAAAAAUCCUUGAAUGAUAUUCUGCCUCCACUAAGCAAGUAUGUUGUGAACUGUGAAAGUACAGUUUAUGAACACAAAGGAGUAUCAUAUAGCUAUGUACAUGAUACGUUCCAAACUGCCUUUGAAGCCCCAAAGGAAACCUUUGUACCAAUACCAGAAUCUACUCCAGUGAAGGAAUUAAUUUCCAGCUCAAGCAAAUCAGAUUUUAAUCAAAGAGACGGUGACAACUCAAGUAGGGCAUCAACACCCAAACGUCAAUUCAACAAAAAUGUUCUAGACGAAACAGAGCAAAAGAAUGGUCUUGCGAAACAUUUGUCGUCGCCAAAAAAGCAAAAUGUUAACAGGUACAGUCGUAAAUCGGCCUCAACCGUACAGAAAAGUGAUGAAACCCAGCAAGUCAUUAACGAUAAUGGCUCUAACACGGAUAAUUCAACCUUGAAGGGCGCAGAUGACUUCAAUGACGAGUUUUUCGACAGUCCAAGUCAAAAGUUACAGACCAAUAAGUCCGCUCUACUAAACAGAUACUUGAAAAAUGUUUGCCAAAAAAAAGACCUUGAAUUGAAGAUACGUAAUAAUAAAUUCUAUCAGACGAAGCUAAGGCUUGAAAAGCAUUUCCCAUGUAUUGUGUAUCCGUCAAAGAUGGUAUCGGAAACGUUCCGUAUUUCCGCCGAACGGAUGUCCCGUCUUAUAGACAAGGAGGUGAUUGAAAACAAAAGGCUGUCUGUGCGACUGCUCACGGCCGACGAGCCUUCAUACUUUGACAGCUUCGAAGACAACGUUGCCAUUGAAUGCAAUGAGAAACUAAGGUUGCAAAUAUUCUCGCAUCCCAAUGAAACCUUGAAUAGGAUGAUGAGGGUGCAAUCACCAUAUAACAUGGAGGAUGGAUCUUGGACUCCUCUGCUCGUCUUCAUAACGGACUAUGCACUUUAUGUAGCGAGCGUUAAUCCCGGCGGAACUGAAUACGAUAUGAUAUGCACAUUACCUCAUAACGAGUUAGAUGCAAUAGCGGUGGGUCCGGAAGCACAAUACAUUCAAGUAAUAGAUACAUCUGGCAACAUCGCCUGUUCAGUGGUAACUGGUGAGUCGUCUUUGGGCGCGAGGCUCGCAUCCUCUUUGGAGUGGAGUGCGAGAACGUCCCCUUUAAGAAUCUCCCGACCUCCAGCCAUGUUGCCACUUCAUUGUCGCCAUUUAGCAUCGGCUGUGACGAGGCAGAGGCAUGAGAAGCAGGUGCCUCCAAUCAUAUUCUACGGACGUGCAUGUUCAGGCGAUGCUGAGGACCGACUAAUGGAGGCUCCUGGAGCCUUCGCCCCACCGCUCGAAGGGUAUCUUAUGUGCAGGACUGAUAAAACCAAACGAUUUGAGCCCUGUUACUUCUUAUUACGAGCUGGUGUCCUUCAUUGGGGUCCGCACUCCCCAGACGGGUCUCCCCUGCCAAACAACAUAGCCCUACGUCUAGUAGUGGGUGUAAGAAGACAUGUGGAUGCAACGAGAAGACCUCACUGCUUCGAGAUCGCUCUCAGCGACUCAAGUAGACUUCUUUUGGCAGCACCUGAUGAUCCCACAGCAUCAUCUUGGCUGCAGUCUUUGCUCUUGCAUGCUGCUCAAUCGUUAGAAGAGAAGACAACUCCUAAGAAAGCAAUUCGUUCCGGCCCACCUCCCGCUUGCACGAUCCUCGUCACGCCGUUUGAGGUCAUCAGCUUAAGGGACACCCUCGAUUUGGCGUUUGUGGCCGGAGCGGCUGCCUAUUUGAAGGAUAGAGGGUCGGAAGCGUUGUUAAGAGAAUAUAUCGAGGAAAUGCACACAGAUAUUGAGAUUUUGGCGUGCGGCUCAAUCAAGAAUUUGACAGCGUUCAAAAUACCCGAUACAGAUGAAAAUUGGUGCUGUUUGGAAUGGAGUGUGUGCGAGGCACGCGAGCGGGGUGCGGGGCUUGCACUAGUGAUGGCGAGUAGUAAUGAACUGGAGAGGCUUAUAGCGGCAGUCGAAAGAGCAUAUUGUGAACUUACGUGUGAACCAUUUCCUCUAAGCGUUGUCGAAGCCACCAAGUCGGCCUGCAGUACCGCACAUUCUAAAUAUGAGGCUGCGUGGGCGCAUAUGCUUCCAUCCCAUCAGUAAUUUCAUCAAAUUAUCCAUUAAUCCGACCUACAUACGUAAGAGUUAGUAUGAACACUUUCGUUAUUGCUUUCGUAUUAACUAUCGUCUCUGCGAUGAAGAUAUAUAUGAUUAUACAAUGCUUACGUUUAUAUUUUUUUUAUCAUAUAAGACAGGUUUAUCACAAUUCGUGAACGGCCUAUUUAAUUAUUUUCUUUAUACCCAUACGUAAGGAAAUGUUCCAGAAUUGUUAUAUCAUUUUUAUUAUAAAACAUUCUUCUGUGUUUUAGAAUACAGAUAUGUUUUGUAAGUUAUUGGCAUCGGUCCAUUAAGCGUAAUUUAACGAAUAUUACAUACUCAAUAUAUAAAAAUUAGUAUAUUCUGUAUUAAUCUAUUCGAAAUUCAAAUUUUAGAAAACCUGACAUAUAAUCGACAUUCAAUAAUCAAUAACUUGCUCUAAAAAAACUUUUAGCACAAUUUAGAAUUUAAUGCUUUUCAGGUUACUGUAGUGAUAUUAGGGAAGGUGUAAUGCCAGUAUAUAUUAAACUAAAAGUUUCUUCGGUUGCCAUGGCAACGUGGCUAGAAAAUUAGUUUCACUUAUAUUAAACCUUUUUUUCCGAUCUCAGUUGACGUUGAAAUUAUAAUAUUACCUUAAGGCUCCAAAAAUAUUAUUGUUUAUCUAUGUAUGGUUGUCACUGUCAAAAGGUCACAAACAACAAAAAACGUGACUUUUCCUUCGAAACGUUUUUGAAUUUAUUUGUCAACUCAUACUAGGCCUCUUGUAAUUUUUUUAAACAUUGAGUUUUAAUCUUAUAUACUGGCAUUGCACCAUGUAACCGUACUUAUCGUUGUUUAGGUAGUAAUAGUUGUAAAUAAACUGUUUGUCCUUUUUUGCUACAAGUUAUCUUGCUAUGUUAGAUAGAGAUAGCAUGUUAGAUUCAUAGGCGACUUCUAAUUGUAUAGCUACUAAUGUAUCGUGACUUCAAAUAAUGUAUUUUAAACCCAAAGAUAAUGUGCUAAAUUAUUUUAUAUAAUUUUUCGUGAUUUUUUUACUGUCGAAUAAUGCCCAUUUGGAUUUAUAUAUAGGUAUAUUGUUGGUAAUUAUUCAUCAUAUUACUGUCUUCCUUAUUCAUAAAAAAAUUAAUCGAACUGUGUACCAUAGUAAAAUAAUUUUGUCUCUUUUCUUCAAAGCAUUAACACAAUUUGACAGAUAGGGACGAAUGAAUACUAUAAUUAGGAACGCAAUAAGAGUAAUUUUUAUGAAUAAGGGAGUUAAUGUUUAAAACUAUUAUUAUGUCAUGUAUGACAUAACAGUGUAUAUUCAAUAAUUUUAGGCUUAUCUACAUUACAUAGUUCAAGAAAUAUAUAUAUAUAUAUAUCCUCCUAUAUACAUAUGGUCUUAGGAAUUAAACAAUUGAUGAUCUAUACCGAUUAUCUGACGGCUUUGGUUUGGACGUUCUGUGGUCUGUGGACAAACGAAUUCGAUUUCUAUAGAAUAAAUACUUAGCAAUUCCACUUGUUAGGUAUAUUCGGUAUGAGUCAUAGACUACAGAGCUGUCAAAUUUAUUCAAAAUUGAAUUUAUUGCAAGGACCUUUAUAUAUAUGAUAAAGAUUUAUACAACGGGGCGUUAUUGAUUUGUUAUUAGGAUCUAAAUAUCUGUCAUUUGUCAAAAUCUAAUACAGUUUUGACGUACGGAUGUCAGAAUUGGCGCUUUUUUUUAAAAAUAAUUUUAUGGCCUGGAGACUUGGCGCUACUUUUAAAACAUAGACAGUAGAGAAUAAUUACCAACUGUAGUACGUUAUUCUGAAACUUGAUGCAUUGGUUUGGACAUUCAAAUUGUAAUUGAUAUCAAAAUUAUUUAAUUUCAAGUUUAACGGAGUAUUUUUUUUAAUUUCACAAGCCUUUUUUAGCUUUAUUUUUAAAGCUAUUUUAAUGGUGACGUGUGCGAAUUCAAAUGGGUUGAAUAUUUUUGAUUGUAACGUUUUGGGCGAAGAGCCAUGUGAUAUUCUAUGUAUAGGUAGGAUUAAGAAGUGCCUCGCGUUAAUGUUUUAUAGUGAAUAUUUGAGUAGAAGUUCUGAAGUUCUUCACAAAAGAAUAUGGUACAGUGAUCAUAAACUUAUUUAUUUAUACACAAAAAUACAUACACAUUCCCUACAAUGCUACACCAAUAUGAUAAUGUUAAACUUAAAAAUAAAAUAUAACUUAGAUAAAAUACCACAAUACAUAUGAAGUGACGGUAUUUUUUUUUUUGACAACAAUUGGUUGAAUGAAAAUUACUGUUGAUCUCUAAUUAAAAAUAGCUGGGGGAUUGGUAAUUUGAUUUAGCAGGGUCUUUCUGGAUCAAUAAAAUAAUUGAGCGCAAUUAAUUUUUGUUCGCAUUGUUAACGUGCGACUCUUAUCCCUGAGGUCGUAGCUUCGAUCCCCGGCUGUGCACUGGACUUUCUAUGAGCGCAUUAAACAUUCGCUCGAACGGUGAAGAAAAACAUACAGCGAAAACCAGUAUGCCUUAGAUCCAGCACGUAGACGGCGUGUGUCAGGCACAGAAGACUGAUCACCUACCUGCCUAUCAGUGAUCUACAAAUGAUCAUGAAACGGAUUUAGACAUCUGAGGCCCAGACCUAAAUAGGUUGUAACGCCACUGAUUUUUUAAAAUUAAUUAUUUCUAGUUCCAUUGUAGUAAUAAUUAUCAAUAAAUAGUAGAAAUUACAAAAUAUAAUAUUUGAGGGUAGAAAAACAACCGGAUGUCACAUAAAAACUUUACGACUUCUAUUUAAAUAUGGAAUGCAUUAAUAUCUUUUUUACGAAACUCCGGGGCACUUGUUUUGUAUAUCUCAGUGAUUAUUCCAAAUUAGCUGCACAUUUUGUACUGCCUACAAUUGUAGUUGUAGCAAAUUUUUUUGUAUGCUUUGUAUCUGUGAUUUGUGUUAAGUUUGGCGAAUCGUAUAUAUUGGGCCAUUCAAAUAUUAUAUAGUACUAACUAAUGUCUGUUUUAUGGUUGAACUUGUUUAAUAUGAGUAAGGUUUUAGCUAAUCAAUUUAAAAUUAGCUAAAGGUUUGCGCUUAUAUAGAAAAAGAGUACUAUAAAAAAAUAUAUAAACCAAUGGAAAGAUUUCCGGCUUAUAAGUGGGUUACCUUUUACAAAACUCUUUGGCUUUGGAAAUACUUUUUAGUAAAGGAAUAUUUUUUUUAAACUGGGAUAAUAUAACAAGCUGGUGAUACAGUUUUAAAUUGAUCAAACCGUUUAUGAAAAUACAAAUUAAUAAUACUAUAGACAAGAGAAUGGUUAGUACAAAAAUAAUGCUUAUAUAAUACUUGAAACGCACCUUAAACUAUAAAUUAUAUUUUAAGUAUUGACACGAAAUUGUAUGAAAACAAAUAAAACCUAUGUUUUGUGGCUAUUUUAAAACAUGCUUUGUGUCUUCUUGCCAACGAUUUGUUCGGUUGAUUAUUUCUGAGCGAGAGGGAGAGGAUGUGAUAUCGUUUAAAGUGCAAGUUAUAAAACUGUAUCUGUCUCUUUCGCAAGGCCAAACGCACAGACCGUAGUUCGACACGAACAAAAUGAAGUAAAAUCUGUAAUUAUUUUACAUUUUCUGUGGAGACUAAUUGAAUUGAUAUGGUCCUCGACAUUCUGAAGAAAAUGUCACAAAUGUUAAUAUUUAUAUGACGAAGCUCUCUUAAUAUUUUAUGUUAUAUUUUAUACUAUUUUACCUCUGUAAUAUUUUAGUUCAAGGUCAAGUAGUUUAACUUAAUUUAAAAUACAGUCAAAAUCGGUUAUAACGACAUCGAAGGGAUUACUCACAUUUGGUAGUAAAAAUAGCCGGUAUAUUGUUCUAAACGAUGUCGUAAACGGUUUGACUGUAUUUUGCAAAUGACAUUUAAUCAUUAUUUUAAUAUUUAUCUACUGUCAGUUUAGUAGAAUAACCUUAUUUGGCUCUCACAGUAGAAAUUAAUUGAAUAUUACUUUUUUUUUAUUUGGAGACCUGUUACCACAGAACUACUAUAUUCCUAUUAUUGGCACAUCCUGUCACAAAUA